AUGUAAAUGGUUAUUAAUAGGAUGGAAUAUACAAAUGUCUAAUUAAUUUAAAACAGUCAAGAAGGAACUCUAUAUUUGGCUAGAUAGAAAAAUCAAGAAGUUAUUAUAAAACACCUCUCUCUAAACGAAAAAGAAAUAAAUAUUUUGGAAUAAUUGAUGUCAAACCCCCCAAGCAAUUUUGUAAAAAUAUUAGAUUGUGAUAAAAAAUCAUACAUUGUUAUGGAAAAGGGCGAUGGCACUUUAACGUAGUAUUUAGAUCGCUAAUAAUAUAAAUAAUUAAGUAUUCUGUAGAAAAUUAAAUUAUUUGAAUAAAUUGCAAAUGGAAUUUCAGAACUUCAUUCUAAAUCUAUAAUUCAUAGAGAUUUAAAACCUGAUAACAUAAUAUUUUUAUAACAAAAGGACUAAACAAUUUUAAAGCUUAUUGAUACAGGUUAGAUGGAUUAAUUAAUUAAUAAGGUUUUAUUUUUAUAAGAUUUUGUUGGAACUGAAAAUUACAGAGCUCCAGAAUUAUACGAAGAAAAAAUUCAAUACAAUACUAAAGUAGAUAUUUGGGCUCUUGGUCUCAUAUUUUAUGAGAUGAUUACAGGCUAAAGUUUAAUUUAAAAAAAGAAACAAAUUAAAGAUUCAUAAUACAUUAAAUCAAAAAUUGAAUCAAUUAAUAUUUUUAAAGAAAGUAUUCAAGGAUUGCUUUUUAACAUGCUGGAGUAAUCUCAAUUUAAGAGAUGGUCAGUUCAAUAAAUUCUUAAGGAAUUACACAGGAUUAUUGAAAUUAUGGAAUUGAAAGAAGAAUUACAAUAAUCUAGAGAAAAGAAUGAGAUUCUUGAAAGUUAAUGCCUGUCUUAAUCAAAGACUAAUCUAUCUUUGAAAAAUUAAGUAACAAGUUCAACUAAGGAAGUGGAGUCUCUAGAUUAAAAAUUACGAGAAUCAAUUAAGAAAUCUAAUAGUCAGGCUGAGACAAUAAAAAAGUAAGAAAAAUAAAUUUAAACUGCUUAGGAAAUUAAUGCUAAUUUACAGCUUAAAAUUAAUUUAUUAGAAAAGUAACAUGCAUAAUUAAAAUUUGAAUCGGAAAAAUAUAAAUCUGAUAUAUAACUACUAGAAGAAAAAGUGAUGAAUUAACAAUAAAAUAUAGAUAAAUUGAAUAUGGAAAACCAGUAAAAAAAGAUUGAGUAAUCAGUUCAAAUAAAUCGAAUCUCUAUUAAACAUAAAAAAUUUGUUUUGUUUGGAUUUCCAGGAGCUGGUAAGACGUGGAUUUAUAAUAAAGUAAAAGGAUAAAACUAAGGAUAUUAAAAUAAAAGUACUACAUGCUUUUUUGAAUAUUUUAUUAAUGAUUAUAAAGUUACAAUAGUUGAUUCACCUGUUUUUUUACAUAAAUCAAGCUAUGAUGAAGCGGAAGAAACUUAUAAAAAUUAUGAUUCUUAUUUUUAAGAAAAUUCAAUUGAUGGCAUUGUCUUGGUUGUUUAAUAUGAAAGAAUUGAUUUGAUGAAACGAUAAUUAAAUGACUGUAUGAGAAUAUUCAAAAAAAUUUCAGCUGUAAUUGUCACUAUGUUCAAUGAUACAGAGGUUAUAUCAUAGAACGAAGAAGAAUAGGUUAGGAAUAAAUUUCAAUUUCAUAAUGUGGAUAUCCAUUUUACAAAUUAGAAGGCUAGCUAAACGGAUUUAUUAGAUAUUUUUUUUUAAAUAAAUUCUAACCAUACAUAACCAUAAAUAGAUUAUCAGAACAUUUUUAAAAUAUAUAUCGAAUGA